UUUCUUCUGCUGAGAAUCACUGUACCUAUAUUUCCAUGUUUUUUUCUGGUUAGUUUAUAUUAGGGUCAAUCCCUGAGAGACCCCUGGAGUCUCGGUUUGGUGCCAAGGAUAACCGGUUCAACCUCGAUGCCAUCUGUAUUCUUAGUGUCACAGGCGGGACCGAUUACUUAUCCUUUAUUUGUAUUUAUAUGCUUGUAUUUACAUAGAUUUGCAGAAUAAAAGUGGGUUUAAGGUCUUUUUUCAGAACUUGGUAUGUUUAACACGUUUGCUGUGAAAAAUGUUCACUCUGCAGACACAAGUGCAAUAAACUUGAAUUUAUAGAAUGCAUUCAUCAAAAUAUAAAUAUUGCAUGAAUUUGGAGCAUCACGCUGCAUAAUUAAUCCACAUUUCACUCUGUAUAACCUUUGGACUAUUCUAUAUCUUAAAUGGAAAACUAUCCCUGCAUAGAAUUUUCCACCUGUAAGCAUUUAAUGAAAAUCAAUAUUAAAUUUAGGGGGGUGAGGAGGGUUUUAAUCUUUCGAUCCACCCUGGAUUGGAAUGUUUGAGGACACAGUUUGUUUAGAAAAUGUCCAUAUCUUUAGGAAGCGGAUCUGGCAAAACGGUUUCUCCAUUGUGUCCAACAUGUCAGUCUUUGUGCUGUGUGAAAGCCCUUUACACACCUUCUUUCUAUUACAGGACACUGGAAGCCAUUUUGUUUGCUGUUCUGUAACGUCACAUGUAUGAAGAAACAAGCCUAUCAUUGGAGCAAGAGGAAUCCCUUCUACCAGGAUUAGCAGAAAAUAUCUAACAAUGCUGAUGACUAGGGAAAGCUCAAAAUAUUCAAAUGGAAAGGUGAGAAGGACAUUGACGCACAGACAGCCUCAGUUGAUCCAUUUAUAAAUAGUCCUUUGUGGUCAUUACAUGCACACCUUCUUCUGAUAAGUCUACUUCUGCUCUCCCAGAUGCUCCUUUCCUACCUUUGUCCAUUAAGAUCCUGUGGAAGGGCUCCAGGUCCAUCCUUUAAUUCUUUAUAGUGGUUCUGAUGUCUUUCUUGCCUUUGUAAAACAUUGCUUACCUGAUAUUUUUAAUAGGUCCCUGGAGAUGUAGUAGCUCAUUUUGUGGCUUGAUGGAAGGUCAUGUGGAGCUGAAAUUUAAUCCCAGGGCAUAUAUAUUCAGAAAUCGAAGGGGGGGGAAUUGUUAUCCUUAAUGCAAGGAGCCAGUUAGAUGAAUGAAAAUUAAAGAGAUACUGUAGACACUAUAACUAUUGCAUCUCAUUAAACUGGUUAUAAUGCCUGGAGUCCCCUGACACUGUUCCUCUAUUUAUUAAAAAUUCAUUUUUGAGCAGUGAUGAUCUAUGAAUUCUAUUAGCUCUGCCCCCACUGGAGGAGUGGCUAUGGUAGAGUUUACACACUUCUUUGUAGCCAUACUAAUUCAUACCAGCAAUGACACUAUGAUAGGCUGAAACCUGUCAGAUGGCACUCUCAGCCAAUCACAGGCACCCACUGCUGCUCAAGUUAUUCCUUCCUCAUGUUUUCAAGCAGCACAAAGGGAAUGGAUUGCUGGGCUUUUGUUUAGCAGUAAAACAUCAAGAACAGUUUAGUGUUGAAUGUAAGGAUAGUGCCAAGGGACUCUAAAUCCACUUCAAUGCAAUGAAACUUUGCUAUUUGUGAAGAAACUUAACAAAAAAACAUUAAUUAAGAAUUAAGAAAUCCCUGUUUAUUCACUAGUUAUUCAUCUCAUUUUACCUUUAUUCAUUCGGUAGAUUGAACUACCGAACAAAGACCACCCCUAGCUCAUUAAGCUUCAAAAGAAUCGUCAAUCAACCCCUCUAUCUGUGCGGCCAGCGUUCGUACUACCGAACGCCACGUGGCUGAGAAAACUGCGGCCAUUUUUUUCAGCUGAACAAAGGCAGCGGGACUUGGUCGUUGAGUGUCUGGAACUAAAAUCGGACACUCAACUUCCCGAACACCGGUCUCAAACAGACGAACGCUGGAACUCUAAUUACCGAAUAGCUAGAAGAGCGCUAUUCGGUACUUUGGUGCAUUCGACAGAGGGGAGCAAUCGCUGCUGAGAGCCAGGGGGAUCCAUUCGGUACUUUAUUCGCUUUUUCCCUUUUACUAAAGUGAAUGGCAAAACCCACCAAACUCAUGGAACUGUUUUGGGCAGCCAGCCCACGGUGAGCCGGUCACAGAAGACUUCCACAGUUUUUGAGAACCCCUGAACCGAUCUGGGUGAAAUUUGAAUAUGUUGGUCACCCAGAUCAGGGCUAUUUGUGGGGCACCUCAAGUAUAAAGGGGUGUUCCAGAUAUUGGGGAAAAAUUUUAUUUUUCUGCCUGGAGAUAAUAAAGUUGUGGCGAAACCAACCUCGCCACUGUGAACUGGAGAAGCCUGGUUGCUCGCCUGCUCCCUUUGGACUAUGGCCCUGCAGAUUAAACCGUUUAUUUCCCCUGCAGAAAGGCUUAUUUGUGUGAUCUGAGUGCCAUUCAUCUAAUAAUGUGCACUCAGAUCCCAGCUAUCUGGGGAUAUGUGAAAUGUCUGUGUGUUAUGUGUAAAUGUGACUUUAUGUAUUUUAAAGUGUUUUGUGUCUUUUGCAACCAUGUGCUUAAUGGAGUCUUGUGUCUGUCCUGGGAGAUAAUUGAAUUACUUAUCUCCAGGAUAGAAGACUCUGAAACUGGUUUGGGCCAGAAAGCCAUGCUUCAUUUAGUCACAAAGGACUUUCCCUUAACUUUUGAACCCCUGGUCUGAUUCGCGCCAUUUUUUAAUAUGUUGUUCCCCUGAAUGGAUUGAUUAUGAAAAUGUAUGUUUUAUGUUUGUGACAUGUAUAUUUUAGAAGUUAGAAAUAUUGUGUAAAAACUGUAUUACUCUGCCGGUGAUAAUGAGAUUACCCAUUGUGUUCAGUAAUCAUAUCACCUGCAGAGGGGAGGAUUUUGUGUGGGAGUGUCUGGGUGUAUUGUACGGAUUGAUUGGUUGUUUUGUAACGCCCUGUGGGCUGUACUAUGUUUGUGGAUUGGGAAUAAAAGAGACUGUAUGUGACAGUACAGGAGUUCCUGUUUUAACCCUCAAAGUGAAGUGUCGUCUCAUUAUUGGGGAAGGAUUUAUUGUAUGCUGUUCCAGUUUGACUGCUAGGAGAGUAAACCUAUUCGUAUGGUUCCUAUUCAACUGUCUACAGCAUUCAUAUGCUUGAGAGGAUUCAUAUGCUUCUCCGGUUCGGUGGUUGUGGUGUCUGCUGCAGUGCUUGGAGUCCUCAGGAAGCGCUAGGAGCAUCCUUCAACGGAGGUACCCAGUCGGGGUGCCAGGUGAUCCGUUACAAAAGUUAUUACUUUAUCAGACUUGAUUAUCUCCAGGGUUAGGGGAGGGAAUUGUGGGUGUGUGUUAUGUUUUUACUGUGCCCGAUUGGUUAAUCUUUGUCCCUCCCUGGGGGAUGUCCCCUUGCAUGGGGACUUGCAUAAAAGCCUGUGUGUAAUCAUUAAAGCUCAGUUCAGUUGUACCCUUCUUCUUGACUUCGGAUGAUGUUUGGGGAUUUGUGUGCUUCACUAAGGGAAUUAUCUUAUGAAUCUAUUGGGAUUACUAUACGGUUCGUCUACUUUAUCUACCGAACGGAGAGCUAUAAUCACUGAUGCUCUGGCGGUUCGGGAGGAAACUACCGAAUGAGGUUUAAAUAUACUUGGUUUCCUUACAGUAAGUAUAGAUUAUUAUUUAUAUUGUGCCAUCAGAUUCCGUAGCGCUGUACAAUGGAUAGACUAACAGACAUGUAAUUGUAACCAGACAACUGGAUGUACAGGAACAGAGAGGUGGAGGGCCGUGCUCAAUGAGCUUACAUUCUAGAGGGAAUGGGAUAUACUGACACAAAGAGUAAAAGUAGGGGUACGAAGUAGGUUGUUAGAAAAGUAUUCACUGAGGCCUUAGUAGGUAAUUUCUGACAGUUGCAGGAGAGGUGUCAUGGAGGGUAGGGGAUAAAAACCUGCUAACAGUUUAAAUGAUAUGCUUUCUUGAAGAGUUUUCAAUGAUUUUUUUGAGUGAGUGGAGAUUGGGUGAAAUUCUUACGGAGAAGGGAAGGGCGUUCCACAGAAGAGGUGCAGCCCUGGAAAAGUCUUGGAGGCGAGCUUUGGAGGUGGGAGUACGGACAGAGGAUAUACGUAGGUCUUUGGCAGAGCGUAGAGGCCUCAACGGGACAUACUUGUUUAUUAGGGAGGAUAGGUUUAUAAUGGAGCAGCAUUAUGUAGGGACUUGUAAGCGAGCACCAAAAUUUUAGAUUGAGCCCUAUAUCUAACUGGAAGCCAAUGCAGGGACUGACAGAGCGGGGAGGCGUGGGAGGUGCGAGCGGACAGGAAAAUGAGCCUUACUGCCGCAUUCAUUAUAGAUUGCAACGGUGCAAUCUGGGAACACGUAAGACCAGUGCGAAGAGUAUUGCAAUAGUCCAGACGAGAGAGGACAAGAGCAUGGACCAGCACCUUAGCCGCAUCCAGGGUUAAAAUAGGGGCGGAUGUUUUUGAGAUGGAAGCAACAGGAUUUGGUGAUUGAUUGGACAUGAGGAGAGAAGGAGAGGCUGGAGUCAAAAAGGACACCCAGGCAGCGAGCCUGCGAGGUAGAGGUGAUGGUAGCGCCGUUAUAAAAUAGAUGAAGAAUAGAUAAAAAAAAAAAAUAGAUAAAAUGGAGAACAUUUCCAGAAAUGGGUAGACACCGUUUAUUAUAAUAAUAAUAAUUAUUAUUGCCAUUUAUAUUGUGCAAACAGAUUCCGCAGCGCUUUGCAAUAUUAUGAGAGGGGGGAUUUAACUAUAAAUAGGACUGUAGCGGGACUGCCGCUAAACUGUGAAUUGCCCUGGUUUUUCUGUUAUGUGUGUACUGUCUUGGCAUGGGUCCUCCCUCAUUUUCGUGUAUUUCCCCUAUCUUGAUCCUAUAUUUUACUCUGUGUGUUCGUCUAAACUGCCUGCUCCCCGUUCGGGAGUGCCGCCACAAAAGGAAUCCAUUUAAUCUCUUGAAUGGGGACCAUCAUGAAACCUCAUUUAGUAUGUUGUUUUAGAACGUUCACACCUCGUAUCGAGGUGCUAAAGCCACAAACCACAAGGGAAGCAAAAGGGGUGUGCCUUCCGUGGGUGGCCGCCAUUUCGCGUGUACGAAUGCCAACCAGGGGGAGCAUUUGCGGAUUGUGAAAUCGCAAGGGAAUUAAUUAAUGAGUGCUCCCCUGGUGACCACCAUUCGUAUAGACGAGCGCCAUCCAAAGUAGACUCUUCCCUUGCUUGGUUUCACACGGGGACCCCGCGGAGGCUGUUCGAGGCAGGGACCGUUGUGGGGGCCCCUUGGUGUUGGUGUGGAUAUCCUUUGGGGACAAUUGUGGGUUUGGCGGACUAUCUGUACCUGGGGAACAAAGAGGCAAGGUGUUUCCCACGCUGUGCUUCCCAGGUACAGAGGUUCAUGGGAAAGAAACACUAAUUGGUGUGCUUUCUAUGCCUAGGAGACAAAGGGACCACGAUCCCUCUCCUGCGUUUUGGUUCCUAGGCAUGAGGGACCCUGGGAAGAGGAUCCCCUGUCACCUGAAGGGGGAACCCUGUGUUUGGGUAGCGGGGACAAAGGGACCAGAGUUCCUGUCCCGCGCUGGGACCCCGGGAGGAGGAGGAUCCUGGGAGGUGACUGUUACGGAACGCCUGGCACCCCGGCUGGGUACCUUCCGCUGACGGAUGCUCCUUGUGCUUCCCGAGGGCUCCAAGCACUCCACCAGACACCAUAACCACCGCAGACCCCACGAACCGCCGCAGCUUGGCAGGGGUCUCACCGUCUUCCACCCACUCUGGACCCAAGACCAGGAUCCAGCUUCCAGUAGGUAGACCUCUCUUAAUCCAGAGAGCAGGAACUUAUAGGAAUCUUAUAAGAGCUUAGUGAUUAUACUCAGGGGAGUAUAAAGAUUACAGCAAGUCCUCAGAGUGUAGUUCUCCAAUCCCUCAAACAUGAGCCAAAACUUCAUGAAGGUGCAAGAUGAUCUGAUUUAUUGAGCACAAAGGCAUUUCUUUUAUACAUAUUUCCAGGCCAGAGGCACACCCCCUGGACCUGAUGGUAAACUGGGACAAAAGGGACACAAACCAAAAGGAACAAUAAUUGGUACAGCAACACUCCCACAUACAGUCAGCAAUCCCUCUGUGUGAUAUAAUUAAGCUAGCUAAUGGAAUAACCUAAUUAUCCACAGGCAGAAAAUGUUACAGAAAACACCACAUAUCCCCACAAAUCCUACAUCCCUGGAUAGCCCUGUUCUGGGUGAACAACAUAUCCAAAAAUCAAACGUUUUAUUGAAGUCACAUUUGACCAACCGCAAGCUUGUCUUUCAUGCCCAAAUUAGUUCCACAGAUUUAGGCUGUGCAGCUGGUCUAUCUUCUCCUCUAUCCUAGAGAUAAUUGGCUUAAGUGGCUGUGGUAACUUAAUUAUCUCCAGGUACAGGAAAUAUCUCUAAGUCAAAAACUGUUACUAAAACCACAUAAAAAUACAUAACUCUUAUAAUACAAUGUUUAACCUAUAUGUCCAACAUAUCCCCAGUGUCACGGGUGGCGUUACGGAAACCGGGACCACUGAGUGCCUGAUGAGAAGUGGAGUCUUCAGCAUGGAAGUGGAUUAUCAGAGCCUGGUGCAGGGUAACCAUACGCCCCCUGGUGUUGAGUACCAGCGUUUGCGCGGCCACAUACCAGAACCCUGAUGCAGCUACAGCGGAUCCCAGGAACUAGGAGCUUGAUAUGCAGACUGUAACGAACAGUUUUGCCCACUAGAGGUUAAAAAAAACGUUUAGGCGAUAUUCCCCUUUCAGAUGCACAGACAGCUACUGCAAGCACCAAUCUCCCGAACUGCAAACCCACGAAUUCACCAACUCCUGAACUGCAACCAAGGGAAUACUCGAAACUUCCGAACUGCAUACCAAGUAGCACUCCAAACUCCCGAACUGGAGAUACACGAAUAGCUGUUAGCAGACGAACAGGAAAAGCCCCCAAGCGGCUUACACUCCAGGCAAUCAGUCUCUAACAGCACACAGCUAAUCACCCCCCCAAAGACAAGACAACACUUCGUUUUGAGGGUUAAGCAGAAUCUGGUUUACUGGGGCUAACUGCCUGGCUUUUAUGCAGGUCUCCCACCUGGUGGACACUCCCCUAGGGGACCAGAUGGGAGACUGGGACACAAAGGGUACAAGAACCAAUCGCAGACUUACACAUUUCAACCAUCCCACAAUGCAUCACAAUCCCUCCUCUCUGUCCUGGAGAUAAUUGGGACGUAAUCCAAUUAUCUCCAAGGACAGAGGCAAAACUCCAUUAACCACAUGGCAGAAAACAGACCGUAAAAUUACAUACAGUUACAUUCAGUACAUAAAACAUACACAUUCUACAUAUCCCGAGAUAGCUUAGAUCUGAGCGCACAUUAUUACCGAGUGGUGCUCAGAUCACAUACAUACAGUUCAAUCACAUACAUACAGUUCAAUCGCCAUGGAGCCAAAGUCUUUCACAUAGUCUUUUUGUUACACGAACAGGCUCCAUGGCUUAGCUAUCUGGGUGAUGCUGUUCAUCCGGUUAAACUACUGAAUGAACAGUCAUUUGGUUCCGCUCUCAAAUGGGAAGGGAAGGAGGCUGGCGUCUCAGUGAUGUUCGCGCAAUAAGUGUCCGUUUUCAGUUCCAUAGUUUAGGCGCUGAACACCGCUGGCCGUUCGGGAGGUAAAAUGGCUGCUGCCACGUGUUUGGCAACCGAACAAAGGCCUCCCAGCGUUCAUCAAUUAAGCUGCGGUUAACCUCAGCUUCUGGGAGGUCAAUUGACGGCACACUCCAGUUCCCAGGUGGUCCAUCGUUUGGUAGUUUGUUCGGUAGAUUGAAUCUACCGAACACCCUGGCAGAAAGCCACGAAUAAACCUUUCAGCAGGGAAAAUAACAGUUCUGAACUGCAGGGCCAUAAUCUAAAGGGAGCAGGCGAGCAACCAGGCUUCUCCAGUGCAUAGUGGCGAGGUUGGUUCCGCCACACUGACCUCCCAGGAACUGGAUAGGGGGGCUCUGCAGCAGGUUUGUAUCCAGUACAGAAACAAGGCAAGACUAGAGAUAGGCACCAAACAUGAAAACAAGACAGAAGUAGUAGAACUCAGAACCAGAGAAGGAUAGAUAGCUAAACCUAGAACAUGUACACAAGACACGAGGGAAACCUGAACAUAACAUGGACAGGACUGUACAUGGACUGGGUAUACAAACUAAAACAAGACAAGAUAAGCAAAACAAGAGGAGAAAUAACUAAGCACUAUAUAUGAAAAUCAUGGGGAUUUAGUCACAUUAUAUGAUCAUACAUUGCAUAAGCCUGCCAACAACGCCAAUGUACCCCAUAUCUGGCAGGUCCUACACUGCCUAAUGUUUGCUAAAAGAACCAUAAAAAACACAUAUAUAGCACUUACCUGCAAGAAAGGGCAGAAGGCUUGAGCAGCUGCUUGCAGGACACUGAAACAAAAGGAAUGAUGGAAAACAAACGGGUGUGGCAACAUAAAACAAACAUUUAAAGGAAACCUGGACACUGGGAAUUCCAGGGAUGGAUUACAGGAAUGAACCCAGAAAAACCCAGCAGAAAGAAAACCAGACUUAGAAUAGAAAACCAAAAAACCAAGAAAAACUAAACAACAAUUGUAAAAAGAGUACUGGAUACCAGAAGCCAUCAUCAGACUGAUCCUCAGAACAUGGCAUGAUGUGACACCCAGAUAGCUCGGAUCUGAGCGCUCAAUAUGUCCAAUGUUAAAAGUGCCCUUUAGUACAAGGAAGACAAUAGCAAGGGCUGAUGAGACAUUGAGGAGGGACAAAGCAGCCAGUUUCAACUGGUCUGGCAGUGUCUCUUUGACAAUGCCCUGCUGGAGAACAAUAGGACAGGGAAAAGUGGAAGGGGAAGAGGCAUAUUUUCCAGGGAAGUCACUUUUUAGCAUGUCUUUUUGCAGAGCCCAUAGUCUGGGGGCAGGAGGCUGGCAAGUAGUCCCCUCCAAAAACUCAUGACAAACUCCCUAAAAAAGGGAGUUUGUCACAGUGACAGUGUCCAUGUGUGGUGUCCACCCCUUGCAUGGGGAAAAGUAUAAAGCCGCGUGUGGCCAAUAAAGUGGUUGUUAUACCCCUGGAACUGUGUCGUCCAGUUACUGGGGCAGGGGGAGGGAAUGGGUCUCUUCCUUCACUAAUAGCGGAGGUAACCCGCUAUUCAAAAUCAGUCUGGCGGCAGCAUUCAUUACAGACUGUAGCGGGGCAAUACGGCUUUUGGGAAGACCAAUUAGGGAGAGGGUUACAAUAAAAACUGUAUUUGGCAACAUACUGGAUGUGAGUCUCAAAGGUGAGGCCAGAAUCAAGUAUGACGCCAAGACAGUGCACUUGCAAGGAUGGACUUCUGUGGAUACCACAAACUUGAAGGGAGAGUGAAAGAGGAGGAUCAGUAUUAGGAGGAGGAAAGACAAAGAGCUCAGUUUUAGAGAGAUUGAGUUUCAGAAAGUGGAAGGACAUCCAGUCAGAGAUGGAAGAAAGGCAAGCAGUGACACAUUGCAGGAUGGCAGGGGAGAGGUCCGGGGAGGAGAGAUAUAUCUGGGUGUCAUCAGUGUACAGGUGAUAGUGGAAGCCAAGAGAGGCAGACUAAAGAGAAAAUAUAAGGAGACCAAGGACUCCAACCGAGACAGGACAAGGGGAGGAAGUAUCAUUAGAAAAGGAGACACUGAGUGAGCAUUGGGAGAGAUACAAGGAUAACUACGAGAGGACAGAGUUCUAGAGACAGUGAUUAAAGAGUUUGAAGAAGGAGAGUAUGAUCAACGGUGUCAAAGGCAGCAGAGAGGUCAAGAAGAAUUAGUAUGGAGUAGUGGCCUUUUGGAUUUAGUUGCGAUUAAGUCGUUGGUAACUUUGGUAAGAGCAGUCUCAGUAGAGUGGAGAGGGCGGAAGCCAGAUUGAAGAGUGCCAAAGAGAGAGUUGGAAUUGAGGAAGUGAGACAUACGGGUAAAGACAAGUCUUUCCAGAAGCUUUGAGGGAAAAGGUAGCAGGGAUAUGCGACAAUAAUUUGAGGGGGGAGAGGGGGUCAAGGGAUGUUUUUUUUUUUUUUUUUUCUUCAAGAUUGGUAAUACAGUGGCAUGUUGAAGGUCAGCAGGGACAACGCCAGAAAAGAGAGAGCAGUUGAAGGCACAAGACAAGGGGAGAGAGACGUGAUAAGGUGAGAUGGGACAGGAAUCAAAUUAAUUUCAAAUGAAGGGGUGGGGGGUGGGUAGAGGUUUGAAGGAGCAGUGAGGUGAGAAGAAAAAACCCUUCACCACCACCUUUACAUUCAGUGUCUUGGGUUGUGGGUAAGUUGAAGACCACCAAAGGACAAAGAUGCAGUGGUAGCAGUGUCAGAGGGGCAGAGCCAUGUUUCUGUUAAGGCUAGUAAAUCUAUGGAAUGAGAGAUGAAGAGGUCGUGGACAGCAGUGGAUUUCGUAAUAUUGCAUACAGAGCGUGCAUUCCAGAGGGCAGUAUUGAAGGAGGAUUUAGAGGUAGAGUAACAUGAGAUGAGUAUGUGAAUUGUGUGGUUCCUUGAGUUGGUACGUGGUGGGUUUGCCGAGAUGGGACCGGGGUUUGGAGAGACACCACCAACUGCUAGGAGCAGAAGGAUAGAAAGAAAGUGAAGGUGGGAGUAGGAUUUGAAAGUUUUGUAAGAGGGUAUGGAUAUGGAGGAUUUGGGAGCAGUUGGAGCAGAUAAGCUGGAAAGGUAUGUGCAUGGGAUGAACAGAGAGGGGAGGGGAGUAAAGUGGAAGUAAUGAAGAUGGUGUUACCAGGGACCGAUUGAGCAGAAGGAUAGGGAUAUUUUAGUAACAAGAGAAGUUAGUGUGAAAGUGAAAAAUAGAAGGGAGAACAUUUAGAGAAAAUCUGUUUUGUUAUAUAGACAUUAAUAUUAUACAUAAUUCACAUAGAUAUAUAUAUAUAUACACACAUAGAUGUUUAUUAACAUGAGACUCCUCAGAAAUUCAAAGUUAACUUCAAAGUUUAGGCCAAAGUAUCCAAACUAUAAACAUAAUUGACUUGCGAAUUAGACUAUUGUAGCCUAAACAUUUUAAUUUCAAUUCCACAAAAUUCCCUCUUUGUUGAAUAACCUCAUGUGGUAUUGUGGCAUCUAAGUAUCUCAGUGCUGCUAGGUGUGCCAGUUGGACAUUACUGUUCUGAAAUGAAGGCAAUAAGCAUUAGGAGUAUAAAGGAACUGUUCUGUUGACAGACUGUUUUCUUUUUUCCAGAUUCCUUUGGAUUAUGACGAUAUUGCAAUUUACUUCACCAAAGAGGAAUGGGAUUGUUUAAAAGAAGAAGACAGAAAAUUAUACAAAGAGGUGAUGAUGGAGAAUUACCAGACACUCCAAAUCCUUGGUAAAUUAUCAGAGUCUGUAUCUGCACUUUUAAAGAUUAUUUUAACAAUGCAAACCAGUAUGAAGUUUCCUUUCAAAGGGAAACUCCAAUCACCAUAACUAUUACAUGCCGUUCUAAUGGUUAUGGGGACAGGAGUACUCUGGUAAGUAGUAGAACUAUUUUUUUAGAAUGGAUUGGCCACUUAACCAGGUUCCUGGUGGGUGCCUGUGCCAUCUUCGAACUCUUGCUAAAGUAGAAGCCAGGUGACUAUUCAUCGAAGCAUGGCAGAUCCAGGACGUUCCUCAUAGGUUAAGAGUGCUCAGCUGAUGUGCUUAACCAGUGAAAUGCGGUCCUGCGUUGCUCUGCUCACCUAUAUAGCGCUUUCUCCAAUAGAAGACCCAAAGCUGGCGCUGCUGACACAGUAUCCUGGCAGGACCCAGGUAAGCUGGCAAACUGUACUAAAAUGUUUUGAGAAAAAAAUGUGUUACUGAUACAUCGUGCAUUAUCAUUUAAGAUAUGUGCCCUCCCAACACACUCUUAAUGCAGAUCAACCAAAGAAAUAGUAGCUGUCUUCACCUCAAACAGCUGAGCACCAGGAGAUUGUUGAAUCCAAAGGAAACCGGUGAGUAACAAUCCUUUAUAUUCAGUUUAGCGACCAGCUUUAUUUCAAACCAUUGCUACCCGGAUUCUGGUGAAUCUGACGUCCCUAUGGAGGACUGAUGUUAACCUACAAUGAUCUCCAUGGCUUAAUCUUCCUGGUGUUCAGCUGUGUUUGAGGGGUAGACAACUACUCCAUAUGGUAAUAUGUUGGUAGGUCACAUAUUUUGAAUGAUAUUGUACUAUGUAUCUAUCUGCUUAUUUUAUGCUAACAGAAUAUUCUGACUAUGCUUUUUAAUACUAUUUGUGCACCAUUUAUACAUUUUGUUUUUCAUUUUGAUUUGCUUAUUGAUGCAUAGCAUAGUUGGUUGCUCCAUAUUAUUGUAAAAGCACUGUUCUUCCAAACAUAUAGUGGCUGUACCAUAGGGGAUGAUGUUCUUCUAUGGGGACAGGUAACCUUAAAAUGUAAUAUUAUUUUUAAUUAAAACCACUCCUCCUAAAAUUUUAAAUACCUUGUAGAUUUGGUACACCUCAGUUCUUACUUGUCCCGCUAGUGGGAUGGACAGACAACUCGACAAGCAGGUUGGUUGAACAGCGCGGGUUGGUGACGAGGGAGGCAUUUGGAGCUGAGUUAUCCAGUGAUAUUGUCAACUCCCGGGCAAAAUUGUCCAACUGGUUGUCCGAAGAAGGAGGCACGAGAAGCGAAAUAUACUGGAGGUGUUAGAUAUUACAGAACCUGACCCGGGGGGUGGUUUUUAUCGUGGCAGCUUCUGCACGCAGGCACAGUAUGUUGGAACGCAUACUCAUGUAGCCGUGUGUUCCAAUGUAUGUUUGUUGCGCUACUAAGCAUGCGCAAACAGAGUCACGCAAUCUGGCACCAUAUUUGAAAUAUAUAUUUUAAAUAUAUAUCUUAACAUGGAUCUUGUUAUAGUCGUGACUUAAAUAUGAAUAUUAAUUUAAUAAUUAAUAUAUAAUAAUUAAGCAACAAAUAACAACAUUAAUAGAGUUCGGUAUUAUGGUCGAAUAUAUAAUAGGAAAUACACAAAACAUUGUAGUAUUAAAUGUAUAUUUAAUAUAAUUAUAAUAACAAUUAAACAAAUGCUAGCAGAAUGUCAAUUUACCACAAUAAUUACACAAUACAAAACUACAACAUUACUUACAAAAGGCUAUAACAGUUCCUAGCUGUUAUAAUAGAUUACUUACACGGCUCCAGCCUGUUUGGCUGGAGCUAUACACACAGCUACAUGUUCAAUCAAUGCAAGCAAAGAAAAAGGAGGCUGAAAAUCCUUCUACUAUUUGGUUUUAUCCAGUAAGUAGGCUGGCCUGUGAUGUCACUGCCGGAAGCACAUGAGUUAGCACACUGACCCCUAGUGGUGCCUCUAAAGCAUUAAGCUCAUUAUGCUUUACUGACAUCUAGUGGUGCGUCUAAAGCAUUAAGCUCAUUAUGCUUUUUUUAUGACAAAAAGUCAUUAAUAAAUACCAUUACAGAUCUUAACAUGUAUAGCUUGUAGGAAAGACGAGACAGGGGGGAUAUGAUAAAAACAUUUAAAUAUAUAAAGGGAAUCAACACAGUAAAGGAGGAGACUAUAUUUAAAAGAAGGAAAACUACCACAACAAGAGGACAUAGUCUUAAAUUAGAGGGACAAAGGUUUAAAAAUAAUAUCAGGAAGUAUUACUUUAUUGAGAGGGUAGUGGAUGCAUGGAAUAGGCUUCCAGCUGAAGUGGUAGAGGUUAACACAGUAAAGGAGUUUAAGCAUGCGUGGGAUAGGCAUAAGGCUAUCCUAACUAUAAGAUAAGGCUAGGGACUAAUGAAAGUAUUUAGAAAAUUGGGCAGACUAGAUGGGCCGAAUGGUUCUUAUCUGCCGUCACAUUCUAUGUUUCUAUGUUUCUAAAUAGCCUAGCUACUUAAAGACUGAUAAACCUGACUGACUACAUGGUCUAUGUCACAUCAGGAAUACCUUGUCCACUAGCUGUCCCACGUGGUCUGCGGUUUUGGGGAGGGGGUUUACGGUAGGAGCUAAGCCUCUUUUACUUAAAACAAAAUGUUCUGGUAAGAAAGAGUUCUCUCGCUAAUUUUCCUUUUGCACUCCAUUUUAUUUUAUCAGAUAUCUAGCCCAGUAACACACAGAGAAAGGAGAAAAGAGUGUAGCAGCCCCACAGCCUCUGAAAAAGCCACACAGAAAACCAAUACUGCUCCUAGAUGGAUGCAAAAUCAAAUAUUGUAACCAAUGCGCUGAAAGAAUCUAUGUAAAAGGAAAUAUUAUGGUUCCUAGCAUGGUUCAAUGAUUUACAACAAACAUUUGCUGACUUUAAAGAGGCAGCAUCACAGAAAAUGUCCUGUCAGAGGGGAAAAAUUCCUCUGACUUAUCUGCUAGAAAGUGUUUUUAGUUGUUAUUAUUGGAAUUUAUAUAGCGCCAGCAGAUUCAGUCAGGGCCGGCCCAUCCAUAGCCCGUCAUGGUGCCACGGCUCCAGGCGGCACUCUGACAGGGUCGGCGGCUUUCUAUUUGGGAAAGUUAGGCAGCUGCCUGACUCGCCACUGGGCAGACAGACUGUGUCAGGUCCUCGGUCCCUCACCGAGGACCCAACACCUGGAGGGGCCCGGCAGCUUGCCCUGUAUGCCGCCGGGUGCGAGGCCCCUCCAGUCUGCCCUGAGAGGCAGAGAGCCAGCACAGCUUGCAGCCCUGCCGGGUGUGAGCUGCAGACUGUGCUGUAUCUUGUGAUCUCUGGCCAAUCCGUGUUACCGCGGGUCACCAUGGCAACGCUCUGACUUCUGGAUAUUGCGAGACACUGCACAGUCUGCAGCUCACACCCAGCGGGGCUGGCUCUGCCUCUCAGGGCUGACUGGAGUGACAGCCCACCGGACCACCAGGGGAAAAAACUAUAAGGUAUUUUUUAAAUUUACAAUCCUCUCCCUCACUAUCACCCCCUCCCUCCCUCAGUCACUCUGCCACCUUUCACUCCCUCCCAGUGGCGUCGCUAGGGGGGGGGGGCAGAGGGGGCCAUGGCCCACCCUAUAUCAUGCUGUGCCCGCCCAAAUGCUGGCAACUUGCUGGCCAUGUUAAAUUCUAUUCCCUCGGACUGUAACAGUGUGUCACAGCCCAAGGGAAUGCAGGGCAGAGCAGCUGGAGCGGUGGGUGCUGUCUGUGCAGAGAUGCUGGGGCCAGAGAGAGCAUUGACAGGCUCCCUGCCACAGGCUCUGCCCCCAAACGAAGCCCCACCUCCUGCACCUAAGCCACGCCCCCACCGUUAAGCAGCAGACCUUGCUGCUGUUGGAAAGGCCUAGCAACAGCCUCCAGUGAAAGGUAGGCUUGGUGUGUGUGUGUGUAUGUAUGGACUCAGCAGUCUGUGUGUGUGUGUGUGUGUGUAUGGACUCAGCAGUCUGUGUGUGUGUGUGUGUAUGGACUCAGCAGUCUGUAUGUGUGUGUGUAUGGACUCAGCAGUCUGUGUGUGUAUGGACUCUGUGUGUGUAUGGACUCUGCAGUCUGUGUGUGUAUGGACUCUGCAGUCUGUGUGUGUGUGUAUAUGGACUCAGCAGUCUGUGUGUGUGUAAGGGACUCAGCAGUCUGUGUGUGUAUGGACUCAGCAGUCUGUGUAUGGACUCUGUGUGUGUAUGGGCAGUCUGUGUGUGUGUGUGUAUGGACUCAGCAGUCUGUGUGUGUGUGUGUGUGUGUGUAUGGACCCAGCAGUCUGUGUGUGUGUAUGGACUCAGCAGUCUGUGUGUGUGUGUAUGGACUCAGCAGUCUGUGUGUGUGUGUGUAUGGACUCAGCAGUCUGUGUGUGUGUAUGGACUCAGCAGUCUGUGUGUGUGUGUGUGUCUGAGUGGAGUCUGUGUGUGUGUAUGGACUCAGCAGUCUGUGUGUGUGUAUGAACAACAGUCUGUGUGGUAUGCGAAUGGACUCAGCAGUCUGUGUGUGUGGACUCUGCAGUCUGUGUGUGUGUGGACUCAGCAGUCUGUGUGUGUGAAUGGACUCAACAGUCUGUGUGUAUGAACUCAGCAGUCUGUGUGUGUAUGAACUCAGCAGUAUGUGUGUGUGUGAUAUGGACUCCAGCAGUCUGUGUGUGUGUGAAACCCACACUGUGUGUGUGUAUGGACUCAGCAGUCUGUGUGUGUGUGUGUGUAUGGACUCAGCACGUUUGUGUGUGUGUAUGGACUCAGCAGUCUGUGUGUGUGUAUGGACUCAGCAGUCUCUGUGUGUGUAUGGACUCAGCAGUCUCUGUGUGUCUAUGUGUGUGUAUGGACUCAGCUUGGUCUGUGUGUGUGUGUGUAUGGACUCAGCAGUCUGUGUGUGUGUGUGUGUGUAUGGACUCAGCAGUCUGUGUGUGUGUAUGGACUCAGCAGUCUGUGUGUGUGUGUGUGUGUGUGUGUGUAUAUGGACUCAGCAGAGUCAUGUGUGUAUGUGUAUGGACUCAGCAGUCUGUGUGUGUGUGUAUGGACUCAGCAGUCUGUGUGUGUGUGUGUAUGGACUCAGCAGUCUGUCUGUGUGUGUGUGUAUGGACUCAGCAGUCUGUGUGUGUAUAUAUGGACUCAGCAGUGUGUGUGUGUGUGUGUGUAUAUAUGGACUCAGCAGUCUGUGUGUGUGUAUAUGGACUCAGCAGUCUGUGUUAACAUUUGGACUGUCUCACUGCUACUUGAUUCUUAUCAAAUAUUUACUAGCAUUUAAAAAAAUCUAGCAUUGGAUUUCCUUAACGUAAUAUACGUAAUCUGUGUGUGUGUGUGUGUGUGUAUGGACUCAGCAGUCUGUGUGUGUCUGUGUGUGUGUGUAUGGACUGAGCAGUCUGUAUGUGUGUGUAUGGACUCAGCAGUCUGUGUGUGUGUAUGGACUCAGCAGUCUGUGUGUGUGUAUGGACUCAGCAGUCUGUGUGUGUAUGGACUCUGCAGUCUGUGUGUGUAUGGACUCUGCAGUCUGUGUGUGUGUGGACUCAGCAGUCUGUGUGUGUGUAUCGGACUCAGCAGUCUGUGUGUGUGUAUGGACUCAGCAGUCUGUGGUGUAUGGACCUGCAGUCGUGUGUGUGUAUGGACUCGCAGUCUGUGUGUGUAUGACUCUGCAGUCUGUGUGUCGUAUGGACUCUCUGCAGUCUGUGUGUGUAUGGACCUGCAGUCUGUGUGUGUGUAUGGACUCUGCAGUCUGUGUGUGUGUGUAUGACUCAGCAGUCUGUGUGUGUGUAUGGACUCAGCAGUCCGGUUGUGUGUGUGUGUAUGGACUCAGCAGUCUGUGUGUGUGUAUGGACUCAGCAGUCUGUGUGUGUGUGUAUGGACUCAGCAGUCUGUGUGUGUGUGUGUGUGUGUGUGUGUGUUAUGGACUCAGCAGUCUGUGUGUGUGUAUGGACUCAGCAGUCUGUGUGUGUAUGGACUCAGCAGUCUGUGUGUGUGUGUGUGUGAUAUGGACUCAGCAGUCUGUGUGUGUGUAUGGACUCUGCAGUCUGUGUGUGUAUGGACUCUGCAGUCUGUGUGUGUAUGGACUCAACAGUCUGUGUGUGUAUGGACUCUACAGUCUGUGUGUGAUAUGGACUCAACAGUCUGUGUGUGUGUAUGGACUCAGCAGUCUGUGUGUGUGUAUGGACUCACAGUCUGUGUGUGUGUGUGUGUGUGUAUAGAUACAGCAGUCUGUGUGUGUUUGUAUGGACUCCAGCAGUCUGUGUGUGUGUGUGUAUGGACUCAGCAGCAGUCUGUGUGUGUGUGUGUAUGAACUCAACAGACUCUGUGUGUGUGUGUAUGGACUCAACAGUCUGUGAUGUGUACGGACUCAGCAGUCUGUGUGUAAUGUGUAUGGACUCAACAGUCUGUGUGUAUGUGUAUGGACUCAACAGUCUGUUUGUGUGUAUGUGUGUGUGUGUAUGGACUCAGCAGCCUGUGUGUGUGUAUGGACUCAGCAGCCUGUGUGUGUGUAUGGACUCAGCAGCCUGUGUGUGUGUAUGGACUCAGCAGUCCUGUGUGCUGUGUAUGGACUCAGCAGACUGUGUGUGUGUGUAUAUAUGGACUCAACUUACGGUCUGUGUGUUGUAUAUGGACUCAACAGUCUGUGUUAACAUUGGACUGUCUCAUGGACUCGCAGUCUGUGUGUGUGUGUGUGUAUAUGUGUGUAUGGACUAAACAGUCUGUGUGCGUCAUGGACUCAGCAGUCUGUGUGUGUACAUGGACUCUUCUGUGUGUGUGUGUGCGCAUGGACCUCAGCAGUCUGUGUAGUGUUUAUGUACUCGCAGUCUGUAACGCAUACUCACAAGUCAGUGUGCGCAUGAACCUCAAAGCAGUCUGUGUAGUAUGGACUCAGCAGUCUGUGUGUAUGACUCAGCAGAGUCUGUGUGUAAAGAACUCAGCAAGUCUGUGUGUGUAGACUCAGCAGACUCUCAGUGUGUAUGGACUCAAAAGCAGUCUGUGUGUGUGUAUAUACUCAGCAGUCUGUGAGUGUAUGGACUGCAGUCUGUGUGUCUCAUGGACUCAGCAGUCUGUGUGUGUGUGAAUGUGUGUAUGGACUCAGCAGUCUGUGUGUGUGUAUGGACCAGCAGUCUGUGUGUAUGGACUCUGCAGUCUGUGUGUGUGUGUGUGGUAAUGACCCAGCAGUCUGUGUGUGUGUGUAUGGACUCAGCAGUCUGUCUGUGUGCGCGAAUGGAUCAGUAGUUCGUGUAAGCGCACCCUGUGCAGUCUGUGUGGUAUGGAUCACAGUCUGUGUGUGUGUGAUGGACUCAGCAGUCUGUGUGUGUGUGUAUGGACUGCAUCUGUGUGUGUGUGUGUAUGGACACUCAGCAGUCUGUGUGUGUGUGUGUGCGCCUGUGUGUGUGUGUAUGGACUGCCAGAGUGUGUAUGUGUGUGUACUAGCAGCUGUGUGUGUGUGUGUAUGUGUAUGGACUUCUGUGGUGUGUAUGGACUCAGCAGUCUGUGUGUGUGUGUGUGUAUGGACUCAUCUGUGUGUGUGUGUGUGUGAUGGAAUCCUUCUGUGUGUGUGUGUGGAGGUCUGUGUGUGACUAUGUGUUGUGUCUGUGUGUGUGUGUAUGACUCAACAGUAUGUGUGUGUGUGUGUGUGACUUCUGUGUGUGUGUGUGUGUUGUGUAUGGACUCAGCAGUCUGUGUGUGUGUGUAUAUAUGGACUCAGCAGUCUGUGUGUGUGUAUAUGGACUCAGCAGUCUGUGUUAACAUUUGGACUGUCUCACUGCUACUUGAUUCUUAUCAAAUAUUUACUAGCAUUUAAAAAAAUCUAGCAUUGGAUUUCCUUAACGUAAUAUAUAUGGGCAUUUUUAUGGUGACCUAUGUACAUUAACCCCUUAAGGACUAAACUUCAUGUCACACAUGUCAUGUGUCCUUAAGGGGUUAAACACAUGAUUUUCCUACAUUUAUAUACUUCAACAGUCUGCACUAUUGUGUGUGUGUGUGUGUGUGUGUGUUUAUGCUUUUUUUUAAUAUAAAUGCUGUGAGAUGUCUCGAUCUGGUGCCCUCUACUGAUUAAUAGGUAUAACUACAGCACCUCAAUUUCCAGUCCAUUUGAUUUGCUCUUGAAAAUGCAAUUAAAUUGGCAGCAGGAGCUAUGGGCCUAAUCUCAGUAGCCAGGAGAGCAGUCUUACUCAAAACCUGGUAAGAGUCCUGGUAAUAAGACAGAUUUUGGUACCAAAUAAAAAAAUAAAAAAUAAAGAAUGAAGUGGAACAAGAAACCAUUCUAUCGAAGACAAAACCAACUGUUUUUUUUCUCUAAGGAGAACAGAUUUCGUCCUUUUCGUAAACAAAAUUGCAUAUUCGCCAAACAGGUGUUGGUUCCCAGAACUCCUGGAACUCACAAAGAACAGCAUUUGGAAACUUCAGGUAGAACUACAGUUGUUGGAGCACAAGAAAAUUCCACUAGAAACUCUUCUAAUGUUCAAACUCACGGCUUGGCUUCUGCAAGAAUCAUUCUGGAAAAACAACACAUUUCAAAUAUUUAAAUAAGGUCCUCCUUAAAGGGAAACUAUAGGCUAGGAAUACAAAAUUAUAUUCCUAGCCUAUAAUGCCCCUCUCUCUUGCGGUCCCUUGAAUCAAUGCAUCUCUAUGAGGAAAUUCAGUGUCUCCACACAGAGGGUGGAGACACUGAAUGGCAGUGCUGCACACUAUGCAGCAUUAACCCAGGAAGCACCUCCAGUAGCCAUCUGAGGAUUGGCUAUUGGAGAUAUCCCUAAGCUGUAAUGUAAACAUUUUUUUAAAGCCAUCUGGCAGUUGCACCUCCUGAGAUGUUUCUUUAGUACUCAUUCCUUAUGUGAAAUUCCAUGAAAAUUUCUUCAAGAAAUGCCACUGAAUUUUUUAUCAGAUAAGGUCGCAUCAGCAUCCGAAAAAUACUCAAUUUUCAAUCAAGGCAAGAUUAAUCUGCAUUUAAAUCCUUUCCACAUCAAUCAGAUGAUUGUUCUUCCAUCACUUUAUCAAAUCUAUUAUCCCCUAAGGAAUCCAGACUCCUUGGUUGCCAAGUGUGGAGUUCAAACUUUUCUGGACAGGACAGCUACUUUCCACAGAUCAGCACACCUUCUUAUCAAUUUCAAGUGUUCGUCAAAAAUACAAGUAGCUUCUAAAUUCACUAUUGCCAAAUUGGAUUAACGAAACCAUCAAGUGCACAUAUUAAGCUCUUGGGGUAACUCUUUCGAUGAAAAUCAAGGUUCAUUCUACUCGCAUAAUCUUGCUUAAUCCAUAUGUUACUGCUGCUGUAAAUUUGGAAAUCAAGAGAUUUUACUUAGCGUAAAUUAUUUAUUUUCUGUAGUGUUAUCGGCAGUACACGAUUCCCUCUCAUUUUUGCAGUCAAAUUGUGUUUUUUGGUUAUGCCACUGUACUUUCCUCAUCGUCCCGCCUCCCCCCCCCCAGGCAGUGUACUCGAAUCAUUGCUCUGCAUUAUGCAAUAUGGGGGGUCCACAGCAAUGCAUCGCAUGUGGACGUCCAGUGUCAGGCAACCAACAUUUGACCACGUAGCACUUUAUAAAAGUGUACGCCCACUAUAAAUCAUCACCUUUAUUACCUUAUUUAGUAGUUAUUUGUACUAUAAUGGUUGAACUCCUGUCACCAUAACUACUACAGCUGCAGUGUAGUGGGCAGUGUUCUUCUGACCCAAACACAGGAAGGAUUAUUCACUAAAGGGAGAAUUCAAAGUUAAUUUCAAAUGUAAGACCAGAGUAGCUGAUAGAAAAACAUGGCUGAAAUAGAGAAUUUUUCCAGUUUGAUUAUUUUGACCUUAAGUUGUAAAUUCACUUGCAAUUCACUUUCAAUUCUCAUUAGUGAAUAACCCGGUUAAUAUUUUCUCCCAGUUUUAUACAUGUCACAUAUUUAGUUGUUGUACUUGGGAGAUUUAUGAUGUAAUCAUUGUGUAUUUACCCAUUCAGGUUAUGCCGAUAUGAAGCCGGCGGUUAUAUCUCACAUUGAGCAAGGAGAGGAACCGUGCAUUAAAGAUUACCCUCCCCCUGGUGAAAAUCUGUUUGGGUUGAACUCCAGAAUUGGUGAGAUGUAAUGUUUAGUUGGCAAUCCACAGUAACCACACACAUGUAGAAUGGAUCUGUACACCAACAUUGUGUUAGACAGCCGACUGGAAUCUGGAAUUGGGAGAACAACUUCAGGAGACACAGCUUGAAGGAUGAAAGGCAGAUUAAAUCCAGGCACUAGACUUAUUUACAAAUCCUUUUCACCUGCGACUAUUAAAUCAAAUUCAUAUUAAUCUACACCUAAACAAAUCGAUCCGUCCGGGAUUUACAUUUGGGAUUUGUUCAGGUGCAGAUUAACAAGAAUUUGAUCUGUUCAUAGUAUUAUGAACUAAGCAAGUACUGGAACUGCCUCUUCUUAAUUUAGUAGUUUUAUUUCCUGUACUUUUUCUCUGACAAAUGUAAACAUUGCCUUUUCUGUUAAACAGUCUUGUUAAUAUGUCGGUGAACAUACCUGUAGUGGCCAUCAGACUACCAGCCACUAGCGGUAUUUCCACAUUAAAAGCUUCAAAUAUUGAAGGUCUUUACUUCUGAUGUUGUUACACUGUUAAUGUUUCUUCAACUGGUGGAGCCUGGCAAUUGCCGCACAUGUGCAGUUGACCUCCUACAUGACAAGUAUUGGAUUAAAAGGACACUAUAGUCACUAAAACAACUUUAGCUUAAUGAAGCAUUUUUGGUGUACAGAUCAUUGCUCAAUUCUCUGCCAUUUAGGAGUUAAAUCACUUUGUUUAUGAACCCUAGUCACACCUCCCUGCAUGUGACUUGCACAGCCUUCCUAAACACUUCCUGUAAAGAGUAAUCUAAAGUUUAUCCUUCCUAGUGCAAGUUAUUUUUAGACCCUGGAAGAGCCUCCUGUGUGUGAUUAAAGCUCAAUUUACAGAGAAAGAGAUACAGUUGUUUAAGGUAAAUUACAUCUAUUUGAAAGUGAAACCAGUUGUUUUUUUUUGUCGAUCAGAGUCAGGGGAGGUUUGACAAGAGCUGUAUAAACAGAAAUAAAGUGAUUUAACUCCUAAAUGGCAGUGAGUUGAGCAGUGAAACCUGAGAAGCAUGAUCUAUACACUAAAACUGCUUCAUUAAGCUAAAGUUGUUUAGGUGACUAUAGUGUUCCUUUAAACCAUGUUUAUCCUUUAGUGUUUAAAAAUUAAACACACUGAAGCUAGAAUACAUGGCUCUAAUACAUCUUUACAAUUAAUAAUACAAAUGUAGUUGUCUUUUAAUUAUUUGUGUCUCCUGUUCAUCCUUCAAGCAGUGUAGUGUGUUCAUAUCAGAUUGGUAUCAUGAGAUCAAUAGCAUUUCUUGAAAAUAUACUGUUGCUCGUGACAUUUAUAGAAAUUACGACGAGGAUUUGUUACCUCUCUCUGUUGUAAACUAAAUUUCGCUUUCACAAAAAUGAAAUUCUCCUGCAAGAAGUUAAGACUGUACAUAUAACAAUAGUAAAUGCUAUUAUUUUUCAGACACCUUUUCAAUAUAUAUAUAUAUAUAUAUAUAUAUAUAUAUAUAUAUAUAUAUAUAUAUAUAUAUACACACACACACACACACACUUAUUUGCUGCAUUUAAUGAGUUAAAAUAUUCUAAAAUGAAAAAUAACGGAAUCUGUUUUUUUGUAUGUACGUUAACGGCUGCAAAAUUAACCAAAAAAAUACAUCCUGUGUCUUUUUGCAGAAUACUUUCUCUUUUUUUUUUUUAUUCUUUAUUUUUGCUGUGCCAGAAAUAACAAAACAUGUUUAUGAUGCCACGACUGCAAUAACAAGCAAGGUAGUGUCGUACAAUAUAAGACAGUUGCAUGGCAAACAGAGUAAGUAAGCACACAUUUUUUUGGGGGGUUAGCAAAACAGUUAGGUCUAACGUGCCUAAGCAGAUUACUGUAUACAGAUAGUCGGCAGAUAGUGUAUCGAAGACACAGAUAUUCUCAAGGUUAAAGAUAGAGACAUGCAUAUAUCAACAUGAAUUUUAAACAGGGAAAUUUCCCAGGGAGGCCCCUGACUAGUUGCAUGUGGUAAAAAGUGUGCCAGGGGUGAUACCAGAGAUUAGGAAAAAGAUGCUGGAGUGUAGUGUCACAGGAGUUCAAGGGUGUAUGAGAGUUGUGUCACAAAAGGGCAACAGCUCGUCUUUAUGCAGCCCUGGCACCUGUAUCAGCCUAUGCCGGAUAGUGAUAUUGCAUUGUCCUGUGGUUUUAAGAGGAACGGUGGUCCUCUGAGUCUCUGUGUGCGCCCACAGGUUGUUCCUUGUGACCAGAUUGGGGUUAUUCCUGGCACCGUAGUUUGUUGAUGGGUCUCUGUGAUGGGCCGCAGCGCGACCCUCUUGGUAGCUUUCCUGCGCCGGAUCGGUGAGCUCUUCGCGGUUCGCCGCCAUGUUGGGGGCCUGCGUGCUGCUGGAGCCACAGGCUGCUGCUUGGUGUGUAUUUGCCGUGGUGUAGAGCAGCUACCCGGUUGUUUGGAGGAGGGGUGCUGUAUCCUGCUCUCCACUCUCUGCCAGAAAGCUUCAAAGAUUUUGUCCAGUCUGGACAGGACAUCUUGCCUUUCCCCCGUGUUGCUGGGGAUCCUCGUGGCAGCCGCCAUCUUAGGUAAGUCGUCGGGUUGUGUGUGAGCUGGCAUGGCUUCACCCCAUGGUUCUGUGCCAACAGGGCAGCCUCCCAGGGGUGGACCGGGAUCACCACCACUGGUCCAGAGGGGGGGGGAAACGGGGCAUCUGUUUUCCAGUAAGUGCUGUCGUGUAGCCCCAGACCGUGUGAUCGGCCGCUUCUCCCUCCCAGUGCAACCUAGGCCGCAUGUUCCGAGACGUGCCACAGAUGGGCUCACGUCGAAUCUUUGGGCCCUGCAGUGUUUCUCAGCUGGAGCAAGUAGUAGGUGAGGCCCUGGAUUCGACCCAAAUCAACCUGGGUUAGGCAAAAGUUUGCUUAUUAGUCGGUAUAGGAGAGGAGCUCCCUCAAUACACGUCUCUCCUCCAUGCCUGUCAGGUCCCGCCCCCCGAAUACUUUCUUUUUUAUUAUUGUGUACACACAUACUAUAUCACAGUAAAUUCUUAUAAUUUCACAUCUGGUAUUUUUACGCUGUUAUGCAGCCUUUUUGUUGACCAUAUUCUGUCAAAUGUUGUGUAUUGCGUUCUUGCUGUUGAGUCUGAGAUGCGUUCACUACGUAAAUCCAUGCAUACGUGUGCAAGGUUUGGGGAUUGGUUAGGAUCAUUCCGAUUUCAGUUUCCAAACAUGGAACCUUGACAGAUGGUAUUGCCAGUGAAACAUCUCUUUAAUGAGACUGUCCCGAAGCCCACCAACUAAAUUCAACUGAAAUGAUAUCACGUUCAAAGAACACUUCCCAGUGUAUUGUACAUAAAGCACUUAAAAUCGUAAAGGCAAUGCCAGAAGGCAAAAUACCUAUUUGGUGGUGGGAAAAAGACACAUACAUUGUGCUGUGACACAAAUGGGAAAACAAAAAACUAAAGAGGCACAAACGAAAUGGUGGGGGGAAAAUAAAAAGUUUCAAUUGAUUGUUCACGUCAGGGGAAAAAAACUGUGUAAUUCAUUCUCCAACAUUUUGAUAAAUCUAGCUGUUUUGUCCCAUACAUUUUAUCUAUGUUUCUGAAACUGGUGUAGUGUACAGAGUCUGUCCUUGGGGAAGAUAUGGAAAGGUUAAUGCUUCUUUUUUCCUGAAGGAGAUUCAUCUAAAGCAAGCAAGCGCGGGACAGCACAAUCAGGAAGAGCGGUUAGGUUUACAUUUGAGGAGAAUACAGCACUGGUCACAAAAGUCAUCAAGUAUUACAAUUCGAUUACUGGUGUGUCGGCUUCUAAAAUCUCCUCCUCCAAGAAGAAGGCCAUUUGGAAGAUCAUUGUUGAUGCUGUUAAUGCAGUCGGAGGUCAUGGGCGUUCCAUGAAAGUCUGUAAGAAGAGGUACCAUGACAUUAAGAGACAUCUGAAGAGGAAGUUGUCCAGAGCUUCAAAACAAACCCAUGUAAUCGGUGGUGAGGAGUAUGACGCAGACUUGAACCCAUAUGAAGAGGAACUGAGACAGAUUCUGGGAUCUGAGAUUCUUCUUUGUGUCAAUGGAGAUGUGGAUACAGACCGAUUGCAUGGUAAAGAAAAAUAGGUUUUUAAUGAUCAUAUCCUAAUACAUUAGUGCAAUGUACAUUUACAAUGUAAUAGUUAAAUAUUUAUAGUCCCCAAAAACUAUAGCUUAAUGAAGCCGUUUUUGUGCACUCAUUGCUGCUUUUCUCUGUAAAUUAUAUAGUUUAUCGCCAAUAUAAAUCAGGAAAACUCCAAUCAGAAAAAUUCAUAUUUUUUUCUUCUUCUUCCCAGCACUGAAACAACGAAGAAGAUGUGCCUACCAGAGAGCACUGGCAUCUUGGCCCACGGAAACAUCGGAAGACUCUUCUGAUUCACUCUCACUACAGAGGUCAAAUUCUUUACAACAACUGGACAUGUCAAUAUCUUCUGAUGGAUCUGGUAAUUGCUCUCUUAAAUCGAAGAUUUAUCGAAAUAUGGUAAAGGAAAAAAGGAGGAGCAUGGAUUUAUAAUGGUAACCGAUAACUGAGGAUGUCUGUCUAGUCUAAUAAAGUAGCAUCAUGCUGCUGAUUUAAUGGAUCUUCUUCCCAUUUGCCCUAGAUCAGGGUUAUUCACUAAAUUGAGAUCUCAAGAUUUCUAAGUGAAUUUCAAGUUAAAGUUUAAAUUGGAAAAAUUCUCUAAUUGAGCUUGGCUUUCAGUUCAGCUACUCUGGCCUGAAAGGAACACUAUAGUGUUAGGAGUAUACCCCCGCAGAGAGACCCUAACAUUGAAAUAAAGUGUUCUCAGUGCCUGCAGUGUCCAUAUAGCUUUUAAAAAAAUAACCCUGCAUGUAUUAUGCCUCGUUUACCGCAUUUCUAUAAAUAUUGCAGAUUGCAUUCCGAUAUUUUCAAAUGUAAUCACACUUACUAAAUAUUGUCUGCUAUUCCAUAAUGCUCUCUCUAGCAUUGAGCAGGCCCCUCAACCCCUCUGUUACUGUCUGGUUACAAUUACAUGUCUGUUAGUCCACCCAUAGUACAGCGUUACGGAAUUUCUUAGCACUUUAUAAAUGGCGAUGAUUAUAAUAAUAAUCCUCAGGGAUAAGUCAUGUAUAAAUACUUGCCUAAACUUGUGUUGACUGUGAAUGAGAGACAAACUAAUUUUUUUUUUAAAUGCUAGUAAUUUUGAAGAGAAGAACUCUUGUUUUGUGUGAAUGUUUUGUAUUUGUUUUGUUGUGUGAAUGUUUUGUAUUUGUUUUGUUUAGUGAAUGUUUUGUAUUUGUUUUGUAGAUUUAUCACAGGACCUCUUAGUAGAAUUUGAGUACAACAAAGUGCAUGUUGCUGACAAGCCUGCUGAAUUUACACAAUCUUGUAAGUAGAUAUAUUUCACGAAGUAAAGAAACACUUGCGAGUGUUGAAUAAAGAUAUAUAUAUAUAUAUUUUUUUUUUUCUGAAAAACCUUAUGAUUACGAAUGCGUAGAACCUGCCUUACUCUACGUGAUUAAUUUUGCCAUCUCCUACCAAUUCCCAUCAAUCUUGAUGAGCUUUUAGCAAAACCCGAUGGCCAGAAAAAGCAGACUAAUCGACCGGUGCAUUGGCUUGCCAAGAGAUCCCUGUUUUUUGACAGACUGAUGCAAAACAAUUUGACAGAAAAUGGACACCAAAGACUCGUAGCAUCAUGACCACAGUGAGCGCUAGUGUUUGUGGUUGGACUGACAUAUUAAAGAGAAACUCUCCUUGCUCUGGAAAGAACAUCACUAAAUAAAACUAAUUGAUAAGUACCUAUUAACCUUUUUUUCAUAUGAUGUGUUUUUUUUUUUUGUUUUUUUUUUAAUAGAUGCAUAAAAAGAUUUUUAGAAAGUAGCAACUGACAUCACAAUCCGAUUUAGUCCAAUGCAAACAGAGCACAAAUUUUAUCGGAAUAAAUGAGAUGCAUUUUCUCCUCUUCUCUCUAUGCUUUCUAUGUGCUGACUGUCAAGUGCAAAGGACCGAUCUUAUCACAGUGAUUGACGGGAGACAACACAUUGGCGCUUAUUCCCGUAGAUAGUGGUGUGAAUAUCAAUAUUCAAUUAUAUUAUAUAUAGACCCCACAAAAACUCAUUUGUUAAACUCAUUUGUUGGCAAUACAAACAUGCAUUCCUAACCCUACCGUGUUCUAGUAACUAAGUAACUAUUUAACUUGGUGUCUGUGUGUAAAAAACAAAAACAAAAACACCUUUGUUUACCCCAAUAAGCCUGUGUUGCCACAUCACCUUCCCAUCCAAGAUCAUUAACACUGAUAAUCUCAGCCUAUCAAAUGCUUCCCCAUAGGGAAACAUUGAGAGACCAGUACUCACGUGCUGCAAAUUGCCACACUGCAUCAACCAGCAUCUCCUCUUAGAGAUGCAUUGACUCAAUGCACCUCUAUAUGGAGGGUUCAUAGUCUCUAAUGCAGAGCUUGGAGAUGCUGAAAAUUGGACCAACAAUCUUUGCAGGAUCCGACUCAGGAAGUUCCUCAAGUGGCUGUCCAAGUGACCAUACUAGAGGUGGCAUUAUUCAUCCUUGUAAACACUGCCCUUUCUCUGAAAAGGAAUUGAUUAUACUGCUCAGCCUUCAAGUACAGGCUAUAGACACCAGAACCACUACAUUAAGCUGUAGUGGUUCUAGUGAUUAUGCUGUCCCUUUAAAUAUAGAGAAAGCCACCAACAAUAUAAAAAAUCUUGAAAAGUGACCUUUUCUCUUGUAUUGCCCUGAAAUUGUGUAUUUAUAUUCUUCUUUAUAUAUAGAUAACUGUAAAAUUCUAUUAGGUUUACAAUUGUCUUGUGUUGCAUUACUCCGAGUCAGUGCACUGCAUAGCAGUGCAAAUGGAGCUGUGAGUGCUGUUUCUGCCACUGUGAUUUUCAGAGACUGCAUACUCUUGGCUCAUGGGGAUCAUUCGAUCUCUUCUCACUGGUAGGAAGACCGAAUUAUCAGAGCCAAGAUCAUUUUCUGUGUCAUCAAAGUGCCAUAGUGUUGUAGAUUUAUUGAGGGCUGGUGUCUAGAGUGACUAUAUGUAAAAAUAAUUAUGUUUGUUUGUUUUUUUUCAAGCCCUACAGCAAGAAGUCCCACUAUCCCAUAACUAUGUUACAGUUUGGGCCCCAGAAAACUCUGAAGAGGCAUUAGAUUCAUUUAAUCUAGAUUCGUUGGAUCGCUUCCAGCAGCUGGAUCUGCCAUCAACAUCCGAAGGCUCUGGUAAUUUUGAAUUGAUUAACCCCCUAAGGACGGCGUUCAUAUUUGUAUUUUGCAUUUUUCACACACAAGCAAAUAUGAAUCGCUAAUUUUGGCCAGUGUUUGUGGCUAAAUGGCUACUAAAAAUGACUGGACAUUUGCAAUACAUUGGGUUGUCUACUUUAGCAAAUGGUAUGCCAUCAUGGUGGUAAUUUGAUUCCUGGGCUACAAAAGGUCUCAAAGGUAACAUUACCAAUCCGGCAAAUUUUAAUGUGUUAAAACUGAAAAAUGGAACGUGCUAUACAUAACCCUGUAACUUUCCAACACACCAUAAAACCUGUACAUGGGGGUAUUACUGUUCUCGUGCAACAUCGCUGAAUACAAAUAUGUGCAUUUUAUUGCAGUAAUAGCUAACAGUAUUAUGGCUUUCAAAGUUAAAAUGCCAUGCACAACUAAAUAAAAUUGAAAAAAUUCUUAAUUUCUCACUUAUUUUAGGUUUUAUUUAUAAUAAAUUAUGUUUCAUAUAUAAAUAUUUGAUAUGAAAUGAAAGCCCUGUUUCCCCUGAAAAAAAUGACAUAUAAUAAGUGUGGGUGUACUUCAUAUGAAAGAGGGGGACUAUGGUUGAACAGACAUAUAGCGAAAAUUCUAUUUUGAUCAGAACGUGUACAACUACCUCUGUCCUUAAGGUGUUUAAAAAAGAAAAAAAAAACAGAUACAUUUUUUUUUUUUUUUUUACAUUCCUUGUAAAUGAUUGUUUUUGGUCCUUAGAUUUGUCAUUGGACCUCUUGACAGACUUCGAAGCUGACAGAUUGCCGGCCAAUGGCAAACCUGCUUCCUGGUCUGGUAUGUAAUGAGCUUUUAUUAUUUAAACCUUUAUGUAUUUAUUUACUUUUUUUGUUGUUGUUUAUUUGUUUAAAACCUAGAUCAAAGAGAAUACAAACGUGUGUGUAAGAGAAUUGAUUAAUUUUUUGUCAUCAGGUGUUUGCAUUUGGUUGUCCUGGGAAUAACCAAGUGUUUGACAGCCUAGUCUGACAUGUUGUAAUUUGCACCUGAUAAUAACAUCAUUGAACAAUGUGUAUCUGUAGCACGAUAACGCAUUUCUGGCACUCUGUAGUAUACAUAUGGCGCAAAAAUAUAGAUCACUGCAGGACAUGGAAGGACUGGUUGUCUGCUUGAAAGGCAAAGAGGUGAAACAAGCUUAAUUUAUAAAAGUGACAAUUUCUAUAAAAAAAAAAAAAGAGGGAACAUACAUAAAGCAUUUCGGCAAGCUAAUGUGUUUUUGGGGUCGGGAGUGUCCCUUUGAUACACAGAAAUACGCGUUUGCGUUAUCCAGUGCGAUCUCUCCAGCCUGGAUGCAAUGAUAGGCUGAGAAUAUUCAUGGUCGGUUUCCCUGCAAUCUCAACCUCUCAUUUCUUUGCAAGUUGGGCAGAUUCAAAGAAACUGAAUCCAAAGACCUCUUGCAGCAUAACCACCUAAAUGGAACACUAUAGUGUAAGGAAUACAAAACUAUAUUCCUAACACUGAAGUGUCGUUCCCCCCUCCCAUCCUUCAUGCAAAGCAUUGUUUCAUGGAGACAGCCACUAGAGGCAGUCUUAACCCUGUAAUGCAGAGCUGUCCAACAGGUAGACCCCAAGAUGUUGUAGAACUACAAUUCCCAUGAUGCUUUACAUGCCUUUGGAAUGCAACUAGAAUGACACCAUGAGAGUUGUAGUGCUACCUGUUGGGCAGCCCUGCUGUAAUGUAAACAUUGCACUUUCUCUGACACUACGAUGUUGUACAUAGAGGGAUUAAGGGGACAGGGAAUCAAUAAACUGAAGUGAUAUGGGUACCUAUAGUAUCCCUUUAAUAACCUGUGAUUAUAGAAAGAGAUGAAAUCAUAAAGUGAUCUUUAAUGGGUCUUCGCUUCCCAUAGGUAUCUUCUUAUGAGCUAUUUAUCAAACGGGCCUGGCGAAUGAAAGCAUAGCUGACUUACAGAAUGUCUCCACUUUGGUUAUUUUGGCCAUAAAUUUUAAAUUCACUUUGAAUUCUCACUUCACUACUAACCAGUCUCACUAAUUUUUUUAUUAUAUUUUUCUGCUACGUAAUUGUUCAUUGGAAUUAAAAAAAAGUUUUUUUGUUUUUUUUUAUAUAUUUUUUUCGUUUAACGGUUUCAGGAAAUUCAAUCAAACAAGAGGACCAAGAAGAAAUGAUUAUGCAUUUUGUAGACACAUCAUGCUCACAGAGUGUUUUCUCCACCGUACCGCAGUUACCUAACAUUCACGUUCUCGGAGAUGAGAGAGUCCCUGCGGCGGUUCUUCUAGACAAAUCUGUAGAACAAAUCCAGCGACUUGUGGAGCAGAUUUCCUCUCACCAGGAUUUGCCCCCAGUACGUCACAAUGAUUAUAUCAGAGCUUUAAAUGAUCUGAGACGGGAAAUUCAAGUCUUUAAUAACGAUCGAGAAAUACUGGAAACAAGACUUUUCCGCAGCCAGCUUUUGCAGUUGAAAAGAGAGAGAUUGGCCUUACAGAGGGAAAGAUUAGAGUAUCUGAAACGCAACCCAUGUCAGCAAAUUGAAACGUCAAGUGAAGAGGAAUGAUUUUUUUCCCACUUGGAUAUAGAAAUAGCAUUCAAGAGGCAACUCACUUCAUAUGAAAGGAGUGACGAUCAUUGAUACAUUUAUAGAAGUCCUAAUAAUAAUCCCAUUAUUACACUGCAUAUCUAAGUAAAUCAUGUGUCAUUCUGUGAUUCCCCUGCACUAUCCUUAAAAAAAAUGAAAAUAAAAAGAAAUAUAUAAAUAUUAAAGACUAUAUAAUUUAA